AUGGGAAAGGAAGGAGAUCUCUGGGAUGAUUCUGCUCUCAUCAACGCCUUCGACGAUGCUAUCUCUAAGUACAAGAAGAUGCAUAGCACAAGAGGGCAUAAUAGCUCAGUCGAGGGAGGAAAAGGCGUAAGCAGUAAAGAACAAAAUUUAUCCGAACUUGUUGAUGAAAACCAUGGAGCUAAAAGGUGUGCCUCAAGUUUUGCUCUUGAGCAUUCAAGCUUUGUCCAGUCUUUACACGCAGAGUACUCUAAAGGAGGUUGA